AUGCGCAUGUUUGGGGGGGGGGUGGGGGGUAUCCACUCACCGGUUUUGCUCUCGCAUCUCUUACACGGAGAAGAGCUCCAUCCCUCGGCUCGGAUCACCAGCUGUAAGUGCGCGGAAUCCGUCGUGCGCAUCCCCUACAAGUCCUCCCACCAGCAUCAGCCUAUUUAUACGGCGCACUCGCACACACACGCCGCCGUGGGUCGUGAUCACAGGACGCGACGGGGAGGAAAGAAGAGACGCAAUCCACAAAGCGUGGCCCAGGCUCCAGCCAUGCCUCUUCUGGAAGAGACCGAUCAACACCCACAAGAGCACCCACCUACAGUUCCUGUCAUCAUCAUAGGUAAUGGACCAUCUGGUAUUUGUUUGUCGUACCUACUGAGUGGCAACAAGCCCUACCUAGACACGGCGACGGUCCACCCAAACCCGAUACUAUACAGAAAACUACAGGAGACCAAACACCUACCCAUUACUGAGCAGGAUCUGGAAUAUUUGAGCGAAGGUCUUGAGGGAAGGUCCACGAACCCCGUCGCCGUGCUGUUUGACACGUUACUCCACCCCAACGCCGACUUUGGGUACGAGUACCCACCCGUGCUCCAGUGGAGGAGGGACAAGCAGCAACACAUCCCGCAUCUGGUCUUAGGGAAGGCGACGCCCGGAGGAGCCUGGCAUGCUAUGGAAGGCUCCAUGCUCACAAUAAGUCUCGGCAUCUGGAUGGAACUCCCUGGCGUCAACUACCGGGACUUGAUCAGCGAAAAACGAAGGUACCGAAAAGAACCCGUAGCCUUUGUUUGGUGCCGCCUCUUUGCCCAUUGUCCCUCUCUUCUUCCAAGGGAUCCCACCAGCGACAGGGCCACCCCCGAGGAGAUCUCAUCCUAUUACCGAAACUACGUGACGUUACAAGGCCUCCAAAAUAAUUUUGUUGACAACACGUACGUGACAUCGGUCCAAAGACUCUGCCGUGCGCACAAGAUGGAAGGUCUGGAAAAUCUCGGAGGCGAAAGAGCGGAUGACGGUCAGGAUGAAAGCUUUGAGUCAAAUGGCGAUGGAGGAUCGGGGUCUCUCUGGGAGGUACGGGGAUACCAGCAGGUGCAGAACAACACCCAUGUCCCCUUCUCUCUGUUUGCUGAGAAUGUAGUUCUGGCCACAGGUGCAUCCGAUUCGCCGGUUCGAUUAAAUGUGGAAGGGGAGGACCUGCCCUUUGUGUUCCACAGCAUCGCAGACCUGGGCUUGGCUUUAAACCUGCGCAAGCUCGAUACAAACUCAGAUCCGGUAUUAGUCAUGGGCGCCGGUUUAAGCGCCGCAGACGCGGUUCUGUGCGCUUGCAACAGCAACAUCAGAGUGUUGCACGUCUUCAGGAAAAACGUAGACGACUCUGACCUCAUCUUCAAACAGCUGCCCAAGACUUUGUACCCAGAGUACCACAAAGUCUACAACAUGAUGUGCUCUCAGACCUACGCAACGGUUGCACCCUCGUCUGGUCCAAAUCAGACCAUGAGCAUUGCUUCUUCGGUGUGCGCCAAAAUGUGCCCCAAGACGCAGUUGACCGCGGCGAACAUGGCCGCUAACGCCGGCCUCUUUCCAGACUACACCAGUUUCCCCGGACACUGCGUGGUGUCCUUCCAGUCGGACAUGAAGUGUCUUCUGCAGGGGAACAAUUCCCUGAAGGCCUUCAAGAUAUCCAUGGCUCUGGUGCUGAUUGGAACCAACCCCAAUUUGUUUUUCUUGAAGGGGCAGGGCCAGUAUCUAGGCCUCGAUCCGACAAAGCCCAUCUCCUGCAAGCAGAACCCCAUCGACAUCCACCCCUACACCUUUGAGUGCACCAAGGAACCCGGUCUGUUCGCCAUGGGUCCGUUGGUGGGAGACAACUUUGUUCGCUUCUUGAAGGGCGGCGCCCUCGGCAUCGCUUCCUGCCUUCUGAAGAAACUGAAAAAGAAAGGGAAGCUCAUCGGCAACGGCGGGAAUAGCUUUAUUUGAACGGAUGAUAUUCUGGCGUUUUUACCACCAAAAAUACCCAAACUUCUAGAGAACUGCUUUAGCGUGUUUGACUUUCCAGAAAUGUAAGCUACUUAUGUGCCAACAUUUUCUACAUGUCCGUUAUUCAUGGAACCUCACAGUGAAUGGGAACGUGGGUUUUUUUUUUCAAUCAGGUAAUUCCAUCGAUUUCUGCAUUUCUUUGAAUCCAUCUAUGCUAGCAUACAGUACUGAACUCCCAAAAAAUGUUCUCUGAAAGAGUGAACACCAGGAAUAAACUUAAACUAGCAACGUCUAUCUUCCUUAGGACUCUGAGACAAUCCGUUUUUUGGAGUUGUAGAUGCUUCCUCAGUUAAGGUUGAAAAUAUUCUAUUUAUAUCUACUUCUAUGUAAUCUAUCGUUUUAGUCAGAGUGCAACCGAGAGGCUUUCUAUGCAAAUCAUUUCACAGGCAGGUUUGAAUGUACCCAACGUGCGACGUUGCUACCCACUUAAGUGUAGAUUUAUAUCUUUUAGUGACAGGAAUUUUGGUCAUUUCAAAGAAUUUUAGUAGCUUAAAUAUUUUUUUGUACUAAGAAAAUAACUGCAAAGCCACACUGAUGGGAAAAAAAAUCAAAAUUCUUUGGGAAAAAAAAAAUUGUCAUAGUAUUACAACUUUAUUUUUAACUGUAUUAUUACAAUUUUUAUUUUUAAUUUUGAGAUAAUUUUUUUUCAUGAAAUUCAACUUUUUUGUAGUAUAAUAACUUUUUUCUUGUAGCAUUAUGACUGUUUUGCUCCAAAUUUACUCUAGUCUAGUAAAAUUAUGUUUUUGGUCAUAAAAUCAAUUUUUUUUUCACCUCACAAAUAAACUUCAUUCUUGCAGAUGUACAACUAAUUUUAAUCAAAAUACUACACCUUUAUUACAAUAAAAUUCCAACCAUUUUAUUGUAGCAUUAUGACAUUACUCUCAAAAUAUUACAACAUUAUUGUCAUAAAUGUAACCUUAAUACAGUGCUUCUCAUAUAGUGGGGCUGGACCCCCCUGGGGGGGUCGCGAGAGGCUUUCAUUUCUAUGCAAAUUUUUUUUCCGUGUACAAUUGCAUUUUUCUUUACUUUAUUCUAGUUUUGCGGGAUGUUUUUAAUCAUUAAAAUAUGACAGCUUUAUUCUUAUACUUUUCUUCAUAGUAUUACGACAUUUCUAAAAAUAAGUUUUGAAACUUUUUUGUAGUCACAACUAUUUAAAAAAAAUCAAAAUUAAUUUUUUUCCCUCUUUUCUCUCAAACAAAGCAUAUUUUAGGCUCAUAAAUGUACUGCUUAUUUCUUAUAAAAUGACUUAAUUCUUAGUUUUUUUUUCCUUUUUAGUGUGGCCCUAACUUUGUAAAUAACGGCAGCAUUAAAUACACUUUUGCCUUUUGGUUGCCUCGUGUACAUGUACGCUUCUCACAAUGGAUGACCACAACCUGUGGGCCAAAUUUCCACAUAUUUCCACUAAUAGCAUGCAUGACAGCAAAAACAAGGGUCUUUUAUCUUAACUUUCAAGUCAUCUCAGGGCACUCGGAGCAGGUACAGCGUCAUCCCUCCAACAGUAACUACACCAAACAGCUCGGUUGCAAAGAACCAACGUGACGGUUGCCUUGUUCGUUAGCUUGUAUGCUGUGAAAACCGACACGGCGCACAAAACACGAGAAGAAAAGUGACGUGUGUAUUGCUCUGCUGUUUUUUUUUUUCACACGGCUCGUCAUUAAAUGCCAAUGUUUGAACACGUGCAAAAUAAGCUCACCUCAUUGAAAACACACCUGCGAUAUAAGCUUACAUUUUGUGUGCGUAGUUUUUUUUUUGGCUUAUUUAUUAUGACGGGUCACUGUUAGCCACAUUAGCGGUCAAUCAGGAAUUCCUGCUGUUUUUUUUUUUUCAGUGCUUCUUGGGCGGACUUGGAUACACGUACUGGUCACAUCAUUAGGAACACCUGCACCCUCCAUUGACAUUGAUAUUUAGCUUACCGCAUUCUCUAUUGGUGCAGGUGUACCUGAAGGUGUCGCCAUGUUUUGGCGAGGUGACUUCGUAGCAGACUAGCUUCAGUUUGUUUGUUUGGCUGUAAACACGGGUUGGGCAUUCGACUACAAGAUCAGUUCAGAGAAUUUUGUUCUGAACUCCUAUUUCCACGCAUAUCCAUCAUAUUGAGCCUUGCAAUAGCUUGGCGGAACCCGUUUGUGUCGGCAAGCGCUUGUAUUUUUGCAGCAGGUUUAAGAUAAGACUGCUAACAGCGCCCCUGCUGGUUGCAUGCAGUUAGUGCAUGCCAUAGAAAUGAAUUGAGGAAUAAAACGCCCAUCCCUAUGGUGGAGAAUAUUGCUCAGACGGCAGCGACACUUGAAUCCAUCGCCUCUCAUGCGCUUGCUAAAGCAGGUAAACAUUUGCUCUAAGGAUAAGCUGCUCUCGGCAUGUCAGGUUUUAACAUAAAAAUACUUUGUAAUGUUUUCUAUGCCAUGUUUUUUUUUAUUAUUAUUAUUAUUGACAAAUAAAACAAUGAGAAAGAAAACACGUGUUACAUUAUUUUCCGUCGGUGGCUUCAUAAAGUUCAUAGUUGGAUAAUCACAAUGUUUGACCUUAAGCGGGUGCAAACCUUGUA